UGGCAUCACCUCUAGAUUGUCAUGGUGUGUAAAGGUUGAUUUUGUUUUUGUUACGUUUUUCAUAUUUCUCGAAUUUUUAAACUAAUUAUAUCGCAAGACACAAUGAACAGAAUAAUUCAAAAUAAUUAUCGGUAUUUGAAAAAAUCAACCUUAUUAUGGGAGACCAGACAGUAUCAAAAUUUUCCAUACAUAACGCUCUCAAGGUCAUUGUCCUACUACACAAAUCAGCCGUUAGGUUUCCAACAUGAUAUAUCACAAAAAGCAAUCAAUGCAAAAAUUUGUUUUUACCCUUAUAUAAGAACAAUAUCAACAACCAAAUGUCAUUAUGAUAAAGAACCAUUGAAACCAUCUUCGAAAGUUGAAGCUACAGUUGAAACAAUAAAAAAGGGGAUAGAAGAACAAGAGAAGCUACCUAAAAAGGAGGAAAAGAAGAAGAAGAGUCUUAAAGAGCGUGUGAUGGAUGAAUUGCGACAUUAUUACCAUGGCUUUAGAUUGUUGUUUAUUGAAAUAAGAAUAUCAACAUCUUUACUAUUUCGAAUUUUAAAGGGAGAAUCACUGACACGGCGUGAACACAGGCUAUUGGUGACAACUAUUGGUGAUUUAUUCCGAAUGGUGCCUUUCAUAGUGUUUAUUGUGGUACCAUUUUUGGAAUUUGCUUUGCCGCUUUUUAUCAAGAUGUUUCCAAAUAUGCUGCCUUCCACAUUUGAGAGCAGAGAUCAAAAGGAAGCAAAGUUAAAACAACACUUAAAGGUAAAAUUAGAAAUGGCAAAGUUUUUCCAAGAAACAUUGGACCAGAUGGCACCGCAGGCCAGCAACAGACACUCCGAACUCGCUAAAGAGUUUUCUGGUUUCUUCAAUAGAAUAAGAACAUCUGGUGAUGUGGCAACAAGUGAGGAGAUUAUGAAAUUCUCUAAGUUGUUUGAAGAUGAAAUCACUUUAGACUCUUUGCAACGACCCCAUUUAGUGGCAUUAUGUAAAGUCUUAAACGUAAGCACCAUUGGUACUAGUGCCAUGCUGAGAUUUAAUUUGAAGAUGAAGUUGAGAUCUUUAGCAGCCGAUGACAAAAUGAUUGCCAAAGAAGGAGUUGAUAGUUUGAAUUUUAGUGAGUUACAGCAAGCUUGCCGGGCACGAGGUAUGAGAGCAUAUGGUGUUUCAGAGGAUAGAUUAAAAAAAGAACUGAAAAACUGGUUAGAUCUGUCAUUGAAUGAAAAGGUACCACCAUCUUUGCUUUUGCUUUCACGAGCUCUGAUGGUGCCAGAACAUGUGCCUACUACAUACAAACUCAAGGCUACUAUAUCAGCAUUGCCGGAACAGGUUGCUACACAAACAAAGGCUGCCAUAGGUGAAAAGGAAGGCAAAGUGGACUUUAAGGCUAAAGCGGAAGCCAUUAAAUUGGAAGAGGAAAAGAUCAAGGAAGAGAAAAAAGAACUUCAAGAAGCAGAAAAAGAGAAGGAAAUCUUGGAAGCCAAGAAGAGAGAAAAAGAGGAACUCAAGGACAAAGCACCAAUCAUUGAUACAGAGUCAACUCCUGUCAUGAGUGAUCCAGCACCGGUUAUUGCUGUUGAUUCCAAGAAGUCUGAAGAGGGUCUGUCUGGUAAAGACAUUGAAGUAAUUGAAGACGCUUUAGAGAAAUUAGCUGAACAGAAAAAGUCUCUGCUACUUGAGAAAGAGAGCAUUCAAGAACUGAAAGCUGAGCUCUCAGAGUAUAGUGAAGAUGUGAAAGAAAUGCAGGAGAUAGUGAAGACCAAACAGGCAGACAUCAAAUUGACCAAGGGUGCUAAGAGAUUAUACCGUGCAGUAAACAAUAUGAUAAGUAAAUUGGAUGCUGCUUUAGUUGAAUUGGAGAGUAAAGAGAAAGCUCUCAAAACUACUCUGGAGCAGACCAAGUCCGAACCGCAAAAGGCUAAGGAACAGCUGAUCCAAAUUGAUGAACUGAUGCAUUCCAUAAAGAGCUUACAAAAGGUACCUGAUGAGGCAAAGUUGAAAUUGAUACAGGAUGUAUUGGGAAGAUUAGAUGACGAUUUUGAUGGACAGUUGAAGAUUGAUGAUGUUUUGAAGAUGUUAGAGAUAAUAGGCAACGAAAAUGUACACUUAUCAGAGAAGCAGAUGGCAGAGUUGAUCGAGUUGCUAGAUAAAGAGGAAAUACUCGAAGUAGAGAGUAAAAUCCAGAAAGCGCUCGACAAAGCGGCCGUCGCUGCAAAAGAACACGAUAAGUCUACGGAAUCCGAGGGAAAGAGUUUAUUCGACAUAAUCCGUGAGGCGCAAAAAAGGAGAGAAAUGAAGAAAGCCGUGGAAAAAUUCGAAGAAGAACGCCCGGUGCCGAAGAGUGAGACGAUAGUCAAACCAGAGGAGAGCAGUAAACGGCCAGAGAGUCACUGAAGUGAAUAAAAAGCUGUUUAUAGAUAUAUAAAAUAUAUAGCCAUAAUUACCCUCAGCUUGGUUUCAAACGACAAAUCUACUCUGAGGGUUUUUCUAGGACUUAGUUUGUUGAGGUCGAAAACAGUGUUAUGUAUAAACAUACAUAUAAUUUAGUAUCAUUGAAUACUAAAAACUUAUUAUGUCGGCUUGAAUCGGUAUACGAAGGCUAUAAGUCUGGUAUAUUAUUUAAUGCAUUAAAAUUUUGAAAUCUCAUUAUCCAUUCAAUAGGCAGGAUAUAAACUAUAUAAAAUACAAUGUAGGGCUCGAUCUUUGUUUUAUCAAGUUUUACGAGUUAAUAAUUCAUACUACAAACCCGCACUUUCGAAGUGUUACAUGUACAUGCAAAUACUAUUUCUUCAAAGUAGUAUGUUACUCUAGAUGACAAUAAUUUUUUUUUUUAAAUGUUGUAAUCAAUCAAUGUAAAUAAAGUAUAAUGGUCAUAUUGUAUUGAAUUUAUCUUUCUGUAACGUACAAAUUUAUCUUGAUGUUGUUAAUUUAUUUCCCUGCUGUAUUUGUUACUUCAGAGAUUUAUUAUAUUGUUUAUGCAUUUCUGUGAUUUAUUCAAUUUUAAGUUUUAUUUAAUUUGUUCUAGCAGUGGAUGUAAUGUUGGUGCACAAAAUGGAAAUUGUCGACAUGUUUGCGUUAUGUAUAUUAGAUAUUUAUCCACAUUAUUUUCGUUUUACUGUCGGAGUCACCAUGUCACUAGUAUUGUGGUAAUAUCAUUUGUAUUUAGAAUGUAUAAUAAGCUAAUACAUAUUUUUAUCUCAUAAUUUCCGUUAAAUAUCGUAAUUUAACCUUUAAACCUGUAAUUGAAUUUAAAAAGUUUGUAAGGUCAUUAUCCGGUAAGGCACAAUAAAUUUAUAAAUAAUCAAUAGAAAGCAAAACAAUUUUUAUAUUGAAUUUAUUAAAAACGUAACUAUAUUUAUAGUUUGAAACUAGUGCCUAACCAAUUCUUUCAUGAAAUAUGCUUUGUUCAUUAAGCAGAUUUAUGCAACAUUAAUCCACAUUGUACUUGUUGGAGAGUGACCUUGAAUAGUCUCUUGUGAUGACAGAAUAUUAUCUUGUCCAAUGCAAAAAUUAGGGAAUAUGACAAAAAUCGCCAUGAUAACAAAAUUCUCUGUAUUUAUUAAAACUUAUGUACCUAUGCAGCACCUUUUUUUUCAUUGGACAUAUUGAAAAACUGUAAAAACGAAUAAAUGUUAUUAUAGAC